ACAUCAUGCGCAGCGGCCGGGAUCCCUGUGCGUUCAGCCGGAUGGACCUUUUUACUCGAAAGAAGGUCCAACCGACUGAACCCAUCCUGAUCCCACACGGGGAGCUCACAUUUCUCACAAAGCAAGAAAUCUUAAUGGCACACAAAAUAUUCUCUGAGCUGCAGGACAGAGAAAAUGGACCGUACAGCUCCAGGGUGUCCAUGGAGAAGAUCCACACUCUUCCAGAACUGAAGUCUAACCCCUUCCGGAAAAGGAUAUGUCACGUCUUCUCGACCUCUGACAUGAAGGAUGGCAGCUUGAGCUUUGAGGAUUUCCUGGACCUCUUGAGUGCCUUCAGCGAUUCGGCGACCCUGGAAAUCAAAUCCCACUACGCUUUCCGAAUCUUUGACUUUGACGAUGACGGGACUCUUGAUGCUAGAGACCUGGAGAAGCUGGUGAACUCUCUGACUGGCGAGACGGAUGACACCCGUCUGACGGGAGAGGAGAUGAGACAGCUCAUAAGCAAUAUCCUGGAGGAGUCAGACAUUGAUAAGGACGGCACAGUCAAUCUCUCAGAAUUUCAGCAUGUCAUCUCCAGAUCUCCAGAUUUUGUCAGUUCAUUCAAGAUUGUGUUGUGAAGUUUACACAGAAUGGAAGCUGCUUUCCGGUCCGGAUCUUUCACCUGCGCCUUUGAUCUGUCAAUAAUGUAGCGUCCUAAUUGUGAAUGUAUAUUCUUACUCGGUAUUUCUACCAUUUAUAUAUGUUUGAAAACAUUUUUACUUAACUCUGUUAAAAAAAAAUCUACUUUCUAUCCUGUAUUUUGGAUCAUAAAUUUGUACCUAAUUUAAUAAACUCUAAUUCUGCAACUUUGA